GAACUACACUGUAGAGCAUUGAAAAACGGUUGACCUUUUUUCUUAGAAAAGUGUUUUGUGAUUUCCCCCCUAUCAAAAUUCCUGGAUCCGCCCCUGAUUAGCUUGAAUCUGUGUCUAGUCUAGCUCAUUCUCUGCAACUUUCAACAAAGUGGGUGUGGCUAAGAGCAGCAAUCAAUUAUUUCAUAGCAGCAGCAUUAUGGUAUAACCCCCCAAUAAAGAACACCUUCGAAUAGCAGACAAAACCUCCUGCACCAACUUGUUCGUUAUUCGGAGGUUCCACUGUAUUGCAUGUCAAUUCUAAAACAUGCAGAAUGAUUCUGAAGCAAGAAAUGAUACUCCCACUGCAAAAGAAAAUCUCGCACUAGAGGAGACUGUUUCCACAGACAGCAAGGCCCCCAUUAGACUAUGGACGAUGGUCUACUCUGUUCUGACUGUGUGUUUGCUCUCUCUACUCGCUGGAGUCACGCUUGCCUUCCCAUCACCAGUGCUGGUGGAGCUGCUACAAUUGGACGAUCCUCAGUUCAGAUUUGACACUCAGCUGCAUGGCUGAUAUCUUUGGGGCAGCUGCUCCAGUGGGUGGUCUCUUUGGUGGACUAAUUGCCGGGUGGUUGGCAGACAAGUUAGGUCGUAAAACCACCAUCAUUCUGACGUCUGUGCCCUAUCUGAGUGGUUACUUCAUUAUCCUCUGUGCUGUGCUCGCUGAAAAUGGCAUAAUCUUCAAGGUGGUCUUGAUGGUGGGCCGAUUUCUGACUGGUGUGGGAAUGGGAAGGACGUUUGCAAUAAUGGGGGUAUACAUUGGUGAAAUAUCGCCGUCAAAAUCACGAGGAGUGUUUGCUGCAAUGGCUGAACUCGGACUUGCUUUAGGAAUUCUAUUAAUUCUUGUUCUGGGGGCUAUUUGGAACACACACUAUUACCAUUUGGCCAUCGUCAUGGUAGGAAUUGUAACAUUGUUCGUAUUACUGGGCAUUUGGAUACCCGAGACACCAAGAUGGCUACGUUUGAAAUCGAAGAACGAAAAAGAAGCUACGGCUGUAAUGAAGUACUUGCGAGGACCGAGGUACCCAAAACUCAAACAGGAAAUCGAAGAAAUAAAAUCAUCUAUGUCUGCCAAAAAACCAAACUUUUGGACUAUUCUCAAACAACUGUUUUGUGAUAAAAGUACCCUGGUUCCAUUUUUGCUGCUUAUGUACCUUUUCAUUUAUCAACAAACAGGAGGAAGUGGAUCGCUAGCUGCGUAUGUUGGACCCAUAUUCUUUGACAUCGGUUUACCUUUUCCGAACCUCAUUGCAGCAUUUGCAUUGGGUGGAGUUAGUUUAAUUGGAGCUAUUAUUUCUAUAUUGUCCAUUGAAUUUGCCGGAAGGAAACUACUCCUUGCAAUCAGUUCAUUUGAUAUGCUUGUGGGCUCGUUAAUACUGAGUGUACAGUUUUAUCUUACCCAACCAUCUCUCUGUAACAACUCCACCAUUCUUGAAUUAUCACCUGAUGCAGCUAUUGACUGUAAUGCGAUCGUAUACCCCAAUGGCUAUUGCUGGAGUUAUACUAUUCAUAUUUAGUUUUGCUACGGGAGUUGCACCUGUUCCUUGGGUGCUUAUACGUCUGAGUAUCUUCCGCUUAAUGUCAGAGGCAUAGCAGGUGGAUUUGUGACGGCUAUACCUUGGGCCUUUGCCGCUGUUACCAUGGGAACCUUUCUAAAUCUAUCCGAGGCCGUAGGAACAUGGGUAGUUUGGCUUAUGCUGUCUGUUUACCACCUGUUGUCGUUUUUAAUCAUUCUGCUGUUUUUCCUGGAGACGAAAGGAAAGAAAUUAGAAGAUGUACAAGAAAUGUUCUCUAACAAACUGAAAUGUUCAACUUGUCAUGAAGAACAGAACAGUGAGUAGAAUUAUAAGUAGAAUCAUAUUUAUUCAAUAAUUUAUUCACUUUUUAACAGUUUUUCUAAGCUGUAUAUAAAUUAUAAGAUUGUUAUUUAAUCAAUAAUCACUUUUUAUAUAGUUUUUCUAUGCUGUAUAAUUAUAUUGAUUCAAACCCAUG